AUGGUCGUAACGCGAUCACUACGCAGCGACAUCGCUGAUCGAUUGCGAUCGUUUUGGUUGUGUCGGGAAAUGGCACACUGGGGAAACAUUGCGACGACCUACAGACCACCAUCACAGUUUGAAACCGUAAGAACACUGCGAGCUUUCCGAAUGUGCAUAUUCCCGAAUAAUGUGGCCUUGAGUGCACUUAUCCAUCUGUUCGAUAGCUCAAAUGAACAAGUACGCGUGCCAAAUGUGAUUGCUCUGGUUGGUUUGCCAGCGAGAGGCAAAACCUACAUCUCACACAAAUUGUGCCGAUAUUUGAACUGGAUUGGCAUCAAAACGAAAGCAUUUAAUGUGGGUGAGUAUCGCCGCAAAGCAUGUAAGGAGGGCGAAUUUGAUUUCUUCAGUCCUUACAAUGAGAAAGGCACGAAGAUCAGAGAUGAAUGUGCUCGUUUGGCUAUCGAGGACAUGGGAAAGUACUUAGAAGCAAAGGAAGGCGAAGUAGCUAUCUUGGAUGCUACUAAUACAACACGUGCUAGACGACGUCUUCUAAUUGAAUACUGCAAGCGCUCCGUGCUGAAUCCAACUUUCCGGGUUUUCUUCAUCGAGAGUGUCUGCGAUGAUCCUGAUAUCAUCAACUCGAACAUUACUGAGGUAAAGAUCAACUCACCUGACUACAAAGGAAUAAUGACGCAGGAAGAAGCUAAAGAAGACUUCAUGAAGAGAAUUGAGAACUACCGAUUGCAGUAUGAACCUCUAGACGAGGAGUUGGACGAUGACCUCUCAUUUAUCAAGGUGAUCAAUGCCGGAAAAUCAUUCUAUGUGCACAACGUGAACGGUCAUAUUCAAAGCCGGGUCGUCUAUUUCCUCAUGAACAUCCAUUUGUUGCCGCGGAGCAUCUACCUAACAAGACAUGGCGAAAGCGAAUACAAUCAAAUCGGUAGACUUGGUGGAGACAGUCCUCUCAGCGAGAAUGGCCUCACUUAUGCAGAGAAACUGAAGGAAUACUUUAAAGUGGAAUCUCUCAGAGAUCUCCGAGUGUGGUCAUCACAGAAGAUUCGUGCUGCGCAAACUGCAUCAAAUAUGCGCGACCUCGCGACAAAUGUUGAGUACUGGAAGGUGCUUGACGAAAUAGAUGCGGGAAUAUGUGAAGGUCUCACGUACGAAGACUUUGAAUCGCGAUACCCUAAACAGUUUGCAGAAAGGGACAAAGACAAGUAUCACUACAGAUAUCCAAGUGGUGAGAGUUACGAGGACUUGGUAGCACGGCUUGAACCGGUGAUUAUGGAACUCGAACGCCAAUCAGAUGUUUUAGUCAUUUCCCACCAGGCUGUUCUACGUUGCAUUUUGGCGUAUUUUACCAACAAAAAUCGUGAAGAGUUACCUUAUUUGAAAGUUCCGCUGCACACAGUCAUCAAGCUUACUCCAAAGGCUUAUUCUUGUGAGGUGGAAAUGUUCAAGUUCGACAUCGAAGCGGUAAAUACUUACCGUGAGAAACCUGGACAUCCGAACGUCGGAGAUUUAACCCCCAGUUUGAUCAGUCAACGGAUGGUGUCCGUCUCAGCACCAUUUUCUUCGUAUAUUUGA